AUGGCCGGCUACAACCUCGAAGCUAUCGAAGCCGCACCAUUAAAGGAUGAUAUGGAUAUUGUGAUCCCAACCAUCAGAAGCCUCGACUUUCUAGAACAGUGGAGGCCGUUUCUCAAGCAUUACCACUUGAUCAUUGUCCAAGAUGGAGAUCCUUCAAUCAAGAUCCAAGUUCCUGAGGGUUAUGACUACGAGCUCUACAACCGUAAUGAUAUCAAUAGGAUCCUUGGUCCUAGAGCUAAUUGUAUUUCCUACAAAGAUGGUGGAUGUCGUUGCUUUGGCUUCAUGGUCUCCAAAAAGAAGUAUAUAUACACUAUUGAUGAUGAUUGCUUUGUGGCAAAGGAUCCAAGUGGGAAAGAGAUUAAUGUGAUAGCUCAACACAUAAAGAACCUUGAGACACCUUCAACACCACACUACUUUAACACUCUCUAUGACCCUUUUAGAGAUGGCACUGACUUUGUGAGAGGAUAUCCUUUUAGUUUAAGGGAAGGUGUUCAAACCGCCAUCUCUCAUGGUCUCUGGCUCAACAUCCCUGAUUACGAUGCUCCCACCCAACUCGUGAAGCCUAGGGAACGCAACACCAGAUAUGUUGAUGCAGUGAUGACAAUACCAAAAGGAGUGUUGUACCCAAUGUGUGGGAUGAAUCUUGCUUUCAAUAGAGAGCUUAUUGGACCGGCUAUGUACUUUGGGCUCAUGGGUGAAGGCCAGCCCAUUUCUCGGUACGAUGACAUGUGGGCUGGUUGGGCAGCCAAAGUGGUGUGUGACCACUUGGGCUUUGGAGCCAAGACCGGUCUGCCGUAUCUGUGGCACAGCAAAGCUAGUAACCCUUUCGUGAACCUGAAGAAAGAGCACAAGGGACUCCAUUGGCAAGAAGAUAUGGUUCCUUUCUUUCAAAACCUUCGUCUCUCCAAAGAAUCUGACACAGCUGCUAAGUGCUACAUGGAGCUCGCUAAGAUGACAAAGGAGAAGCUCACUGAAGUAGAUCCUUACUUUGAGAAGUUGGCAGAUGCAAUGGUUGCUUGGAUUGAGGCAUGGGAGGAGCUUAACCCACCAGUAGUUGAUGGAAAUAAUUAA